AUGCCUUCCCCCUCGGACUCCAGCAGCGUGGCUUCGGCCUCGGGUUCCCGGGGAUGGUCAGACAGCCGGCGGGGCAUGUCGGGCAGGGGGCAGGGGGGGGCACGGCUCCUGCUGUACCUGGGCCUGUGCCACCUGGGCCUCGGGGCCAUGGUGCUGGCCUUCUCCUUCACCAGCAUGGCGUUCACGUCCUCAGCACGCGUGCGACAGUCCUGUCCCUUCUGGGCCGGCUUCUUUGUCGUGGCUUCGGGGGUCGUGGGAAUCAUCUCGUGGAGAAGACCCCUCACUCUGGUGGUAUCUUUGUUCAUGCUGCUGUCUGCAGUGUGUGUCAUCCUCAGUCUGGCUGGCUCCAUGCUCUCAUGUCAGAACGCACAGAUGGUCAAGUCCAUGCUCACCUGCCAGGUGGAGAAUGGCCUGUGUGUGUGCUGCGCACCGACCCACUCCUGCUCCAUCACCGAGGAGGACACCCUGGUGCUCUACCUGAACGCUGACUGCCACUCGGUCAGACACCAGCUCAAGGACCUGCUGUUCAGCGCGUGUGGGCUGAGCAUUCUCUCCACCAUCAUCUGCACCCUGUCCACCGUGACGUGCAGCAUCCACAUCUUCUCCCUGGACCUCGUGCACCUGCUUGCACCUCAUCGCACUCGCUCCGUCAACCCAGAAUGCACCACUCCCCAGGAUGCCUUCCUCACCAACAUCAUGGACUUUGAGGAGUUUGUCCCGCCCAUUCCCCCUCCCCCCUACUACCCCCCGGAGUACACCUGCAGCUCAGAAACAGACGCUCAGAGUAUCACCUAUAAUGGCUCAAUGGAGAGCCCCGUUCCUCUCUAUCCCACCGACUGUCCCCCGCCAUACGAAGCUGUGAUGGGACAGAGGGCGGCAAGCCAGGCAACAGUGUUCGACACCCAUGGCACUGAGCUGUCUGGGGAGAGAGUCACGUCCACUGCCUUCAGCGGAGAAGUGUCACUGGACAGUGGGUCUCUGCUGAUGUCGGAGAUCGUGGACAUCCCUGACGACUCCUCCCCCUCGGAGGACUCGUGUCUGAUGGAGAUUGGGAUGAGGAGCCAGGGGGGGAGGAGCUACAGCACCGGAGGUGAGGGGGGUCGGGGUGCGGGGGAGGCGUCAGAGUACGUCAGCUUCCGCGGGCCGCCGACUGUGACACCAGAGAGCCCUCUGGCGGGGGGGCCGCGGGCCAGGCGGUUCUUCAGGGGGGAGAGGUCCAACUCCUGCUCCUCCCCAAGUACAGCUACCCCCACGUAUAGGUCUCCGUUAUUGCGACGCCAGGCCAUUCUAGCCAGUAGUUGCUCACAGCUGGAAGUGCUAUCAGCCGCCAGCUCUAAACAGCACUCCUCCAUCCCAGAGAUCAGGCUGGGACCAUCCUCACAGUUGUCCCAAGGGUCUGCUUCAGUCUCCUCAGCUCUGCCCAACAAGUCCUCCAUCGCCCCUGGGGAGAGCCAGGUCCCGGGGGGGCUGGCUCUGCCCCUCCAGCACCUGUUCCUGCGACGGAGGGGUGGGAAGGGGAAGCAAGAUGCAGCGGCGGGCCGAGAGAGACUCAGCGAUGGGCUCCUGUCUCCCUUAGUCAGGUCUCAUAGUGACCCUGGUCUCAGCAGCUCCAACAGUACAGUUGACUUUAUCGGCUCCGAGGGCAGUAAGGAGGGCUCACAGAUGUCCACGGACAUAGGGCCGUCCUCUGAGGCCUUCCUUUUGGGACACCCUACUUCCCCCCCUGAAGGAACCCUGCCCAGCAAGGGCAGCCUAAAGGAGGCCGCCACAGGGUCCCCACUGCCCCCCAAAAAAACCACCUCACCGCUGCACUUACCUAAAGAUUACCACCGAUCCCUAGGAGACCUCAAGGUGACCCGUGUCCUGGUGGCUCGGUUUCUCCAGCGCUCCAGGAGGAACCUUGCGCCCUCUUCUGAUCAUACGUGCGGCCCAGGCAGCCAGGGGACCAAGAGGAGGGCUGGGGCGGAGGGCCCCCCGUCCACCCACCUCCCCCUGGAGCAGGUGAUAAGAAGCUCCUUUGGCUCCAGCCGAGGUUCUUCCAACCCCAACCCCCACAAUCCCCAUCACCGUGGACACAGCCAUUCCCACAGUGACAGCCGACACAACCGCCGCGACAGCAUCCAGGCCCCGGCGUCAAUGGGGAUCCACCUGCGGAGCUGCGGGGACCUGAGCUCCUCGUCCUCCCUGCGACGACUGGUCUCGCCUCAUGCACCGCACGGCUCGUCUGGAGCACUCUACUCAGAAUCUGCCCUGUGA